AGUAACACAAAAGCCUUCACUUUGAGUUGACCUGAGCAAAAACAAACUGGACGCUGGCUUUAAAAAACUGUUUGACUAAAUAGAAUUGAGGUGUUGGAUUAUUUCAGUUGUAUUUUGCCAUUCUAGCCAAAGCGCACGUAACGCAUCAUCAUCUGCAAACAUGUUGUCCCUGUCUGUGAUGGUGGGACUGGUCCCCAUAGUGUCCCUCUUUGGUUUGUUCUACUCUGCGGCGGUGGAUGAGAACUUCCCUCAGGGCUGCACCAGCAGCAGCAGUCUGUGCUUCUACAGCCUGCUGCUGCCCGUCACCAUCCCCGUCUACGUCUUCUUCCACCUCUGGAGCUGGAUGGGGAUCAAGCUUUUCAGGCACAACUAGCCUCACACAGUUGUAAAACAUCUGAAGUGGCUUUCAUUUUUUUAAGCCCUUUGUCCUCCCGACAUUUAGAGUAUGAGACACAGUAUGUUAGUCAUUACAGCUGUUAAACAAACCCCUGGAUGUCGUUUGCACAUAAAGUAGUAGGCUGUAUAUUUUCUGAGCAAAUAAUAAAAAUCUUUAUGCAAAUCCA